GGAUUGUUUGGAGUGGCCAGACCGCCAGGGACACAGGAUGGCAACGCGAUCAGCAGGAGUAUCUAACGGGACAUGCGGACGGACUUAAAUCUAUUACAUUUCUGACUGCCGGUAGCCUACCGGUUAAGAGUGUUGGGCCAGUAAUCGAAAAGGUCGCUGGUUUGAAUCCCAGAUCCGGCAAGGUGGAAAAAUCUGCCUCUGCCCUCCAGCAACCCUCAACAACAACUGCUCUCGGGGUGCCCGUGGACAUUGAUUAAGGCAGCCUCUGAUUCAGAGGGGUUGGGUUAAAUGCGGAAGACACAUUUCAGUUGAAUGCAUUGUUGUGCAACUGACUAGGCAAGGCUUGGCGGGGAUAUUGGACCGAUGCCAGCUGAGGACCCUACCCAUAGCCUUGUUGGGAGUGUGAGGUGUCACCAUGCCUCUGGUGAAGAGGAACAUUGACCCGCGCCACCUGUGCCGGGGGGCGUUACCAGACGGCGUCGGCAGUGAGCUGGACUGUGUGAUGAACAACACCCUCUCCUCCAUCAUCCGCCAGCUCAGCAGCCUGAGUAAACAUGCGGAGGACAUCUUUGGGGAGCUGUUCAACGAGGCCAACACGUUCUACCUGAGAGCCAACUCCCUGCAGGACCGCAUCGACCGUCUGGCUAUCAAGGUCACCCAGCUGGACUCCACUGUGGAGGAAGUCUCUCUGCAGGACAUUAACAUGAAGAAGGCAUUUAAGAGCAGUACCGCCCAGGACCAGCAGGUGGUGUCCACGAGGAGCGUGCCCAUCCCUGUCAAGGAGAUGUACAACCUGAGUGAUAAACCUCCACCACUCAACAUCCUUUCCAAAUAUAGGGAUGACCACAAGGAGGGGCUGAAGUUCUACACUGACCCCUCCUACUUCUUCAACCUGUGGAGAGAAACAAUGCUGCAGGACACAGAGGACAAGAGGAAGGAGAAGAGGAAGAACAAAGAGCAGAAGCGUUGUGUGGACGGGACGUUGCAGAGGGAGGUGAAGAAGGUGCGUAAGGCUCGGAACCGUCGCCAGGAGUGGAAUAUGUUGGCCCUGGAUAAGGAGCUGAGGCCUGACCACCGCCACACACACUCGCUCCACCAGGGGCCCACCUCCGAGGGAUCACUGUCCCCUGAGAUGAGGGGUCUUGGGCCUGAUCACAUGGACCACCACCACUACCCUAACUCAACCAACCAUGCUGGUCAUGCCUACACAUACUCCGGGCCACCCCCGAGUCUCCUGGCUGCUCAGCUGGCUGCCCAGGGACAUGCCACUCUGGACAAGGACUAUAGGGGAGCCACCCUGGGUCGCCCCCACGAUGCUCCACCCCCUCCUCCACCCACUGAGAACAUGAACGGCUCUCUGCCCCCUGUGGACUACAGUAUGAUGGAGGGAUAUGGAAACGGUCCUCCUCCCACUCCUCUCAUGCCAUCAGCACAAUCUGCCUUUGCCACGCCCCCCGGAGGACCACUUCCUCCUCCAGGACCAGUGGGAUCAGCCGGUGGCUAUGCCCCGACCCCACCACCACUCACUGGGUCUCUGGUGGCUCCACCUCCCCCUAUACCUCCGCCCCCUCCUCCAGGCUCCUCCUACUCUACCACUCCCAAGAUGUCCUCCGUGCCCCACAUUGCCCAACCUGUUAAUGAUGCUCGUAGUGAUCUGCUGGCUGCCAUACGCAUGGGUAUCCAGUUGAAAAAGGGUCAGGAGCAGCAGGAGCAGCAGGAAAAGAGGGAGCCUGUAGGGAACGAUGUGGCCACCAUCCUGUCCAGACGCAUCGCCGUUGAGUACUCUGACUCCGAGGACGACUCCGAGUUGGAGGAGAACGACUGGUCUGACUAACACACACACACACACACACACACACACACACACACACACACUCACUCACUCAAAAGCUGAAAAGCACAUACACGUGCACGUUCACAUCCACAAACUAAGAACCACUAAAAGGUAUGUGUACGAACACAUGAACAUAAGCUAACAUUCACAUAUACAGACUCAUACACUCCCUCGUGUCGUAGGUAUGUUUGUACAGUAUAUAAGCUGGGUGAUCCUUGGUCACAUGUAGCACUGCUGGGAGAUCAGGCUCCUGCAUCAGCUGCUGAAGGAUUCACAACUGGAACGCUAGGGUUGAAUUCAAGAUGCAUAGUGUCAUGUUCAGCUGCUAUACAGACACUAACUGUAAACCAACGUUCAAUUCAAAACUAUUACAUUAACAUAUAAGAAUUCUCAUGCAACGCUCUGGGCAUAUUGAAUACACCCCAGGAGACCACAGUGUCUCUGUAUAAUAUGUUAUCCAUAAUAACACUAGUAAAGCCCUGUAUGUGUUGGCACCCCACGAAUGGGGACUUAUCUCAUGUAUGGUAACUAUCUUAAGGGCUUCACUUGGAGAAAUAGCAACCUCCCCUUGGACAGAAAAUCUACUUGUCUUUUCUAAUGUUUUUACUCAAACACUUAUUAAUAGUUAAUCUGGGAAGCGACAAGCUUUUAAUGUGUAGAUUAUAGCAACUGGAGGAAGAGAAGUCAGAGUGGACUGCGGUGGUCAGGGUAGCGUUCAGGAGGAACAAAUAGGUGACAAUGUUUUAAAGCGUUUCCCAACUGUUCCUUCUGAACAACACCUGAGAGUGAGGCUGUAUUCCAUCAACCGCACUAACAAUGUAGACCAGAUAUAUGUUGAGAGUUAGGCCAAUGCGAGUUCUCUCUGAACAUUCAUGGAGCACCACUUUCUCCUCAAUAGCCAUUUCUAAGUGAUAAUUAAAGCUUCCACGUUGUGCUGUUUACUGUUGAUAGUUUUCACAGUGAAAGCAGAUGUGCAAUUUGUUGACUUGAAUACACAUUAUCCCCAAUGUUAAUCAAUAAAAAAAUCUGUUAAAUUCA